UUUUUCUAAACAACUUUUCAAACUAUUUAUUAAGUUUAACAAAAAAAGUAUAUAUAAAUAUAUAGAAGUAAAGCUUUAAGUAUGGGAAAAGAGAGAUUAAGUACUUCAGGUGCUGGUGUUUCACACUCCAUAUGGAAUAAAAUUGCAAAUCAACCUGAUGAUCCUGAUAAUAAAAAAGUUUAGAAUACAUCAAGUUUACUUUAUUAGCAUGCAGAUGAAAAGGCGAAGAGUAUUUUGGAUCUGGCUAUAUCUCAUCAAGUAACAGUUAAGCCAGGGGCUUGCAAAAAAUGUGGACAUAUCGGCCACCUCACCUAUUAAUGCAUGAACUUGCUUUCAAAAGGCUUUUAAAUCGAUAAAUAUAAAGAAGAAAAGUAGUAAGAAAGUGCUGAAGAAUAAUAAAAAGAAAUGCUUGAAAAGCUUAGAUAGCAAAAAGAAUAGUGGAAAAGGGCUAAGGAAGAAAAGAAAAGAAUGAAGAAAGAAUAGAAAAAAAAAUCAAAGAAAAGCAAAAAAGAUAAAAAAAAAAAAAAGAAAAGAAGUAAAUCCUCUUCUGAUUCUGAUUCAGAAUCCUCACGCUCAAGUAGUAGAAGCAGAUCUGCAUCCUCUGAAAAUUCGAUAAAAUCAGAUAGUUUGAGUGAUGAUGAAAGAUAAAAAUCAAGCAAAAAAAGUAAGAAAAAUAAGUCUGAAAAGAGGGAAUAAAACUCUUCGAGAAGCAGAAGUAGAUCUCAAUCAAAAUCUCCUAAAAAGAGUGGAAAGAAAAUAAAGAAAGAUAAAAAGUGA